AUGAAACAGGCUACUCUGCCAUGGGCUGCUCACGCUCAUGCUGCAGCUUCACCGGGUCAACAGCCUCGUCAUUCGCCAUACGAGGACCGUGCGGUGACACAGACCCCGCUCGACCCAGCCCUCCUAGAUGUAGACACUCCACCACCUCCAAUACUACAGGCGGAGCAGCAGCACCAAGAUCUACAACUGGACCCGGAUCUCUUUGAAGAUGCGCAAAGAGUACAUGCGGCAGCCAGCCAGGCAAACGAUGAGUCGAUCCCACCGCCAUUGCCCAGCAACACACACACGACAAUAGACAUCAUGUCUUCGUCCCCAUCUUCCUCUUCCUCCUCCUUUUCUCCAUCUGUCGCUACAUCAGGCGACAGCACGAUCGCUGCACCAACGCAGCAGAGUGAUGCAUCUUCUGCUCCGGAGCCAAUCGAUCAAGGGGAAACCGACCUCGCAAAUUCGGUCAUCACUGCCGCGCCCAUCUCCAACCCGGAGACGCCCGCCAAGCCGCUACCGCCGCUUCAUCCAUUCUUCAGACCAGGCGAACUUCCUCCUCGCCCGAUGGACUCCAAUGACGGCUCAGACACAGACCAGAAAAGGCCCUCUCGGUCGAGUCGUGCAAAGGCUCCCGUCUCGUACCGCGAAGAUCUCAAGGCGGUUCUCCGUGCAGACGCAGCACAAGAAAGUGCUCGCUUCAAGGACGAGAAGAAACAAGCACAGCUGCAAGCAAGGGAAGCAAAGAAGGCGCUCAAGCAGCCGCGAAAGCCAAAGGCCGAUCAACCCAAUCUCAACAGCAGCCAGGACACCGACGGCUUUGAAUUAGUCGAAACCCGCGUUGCCAACAAGCCUGAUCAGCAGUCUAACGCCUCAACGUCGUCGUCCUCAUCGUCAACCAGACCUCACCAACCUUCCAAGAUACCCGAGCCAAAGCCCCUCAGCUUGGCAGUCAAGGGCAACAGCACCGCAGCAUCUGCCAAUCCUCACCCUUUCUUCACGAAGAAGCCCAAACAGCCGACCCCUCAGCCGACAGAGACCAGCACUACCUCGAACGAGACCGCAGUCGAUGCGGAUAAUGCACCAUCGCUGUCUGUCGAUCGCAAGGGCAAAGCACCCGCAACAGCGUCCAGUUCGGCUUUCAGCAGCACGCCUGCAUCGUGGAGCCUCUUUGCUUCUCAAAGGACUGCCUCGUCCAAACCAAAGAAACCAACCCAUGCUCCUUGGCCGACGUCUGAAGAUACCCACGUAGCAGCUCUUGAAGACAACGAGGGCGCGCGCUUGUCACAAGCACGGGCGGACCUCGCAGCUUUUCGAUCCCGCUGGCAGGCCCCAUCGAUGGGCCCGGUCACGAAAGCGACGUACGAACCCCCACCACUCAACUUUGUCAAGCAGCUCAAUGGCGCUCGACCUCAACCUCACCUCGACAGCAUCCUCCUGACCGGCUCGGACGAAUUCAAAUUCACCGACGACUUUGUCGGACAGGCCAAAAUGGAGGGCCUCUCCCAAACCGCAGUUGCCUUUGCACAGAAACAGGCGCAGACCUGUCGCACAUCGGGUCAGAUGUGGACCGAUGCUUUCCGUCCCCACGCUUACCAUGCCUGCUUGGGCAACGAGUCCGCAGCAAGCUACCUGGAAGACUGGCUGCGUCACUUGCUCGUCGCUGCACCUGGCUCGGUCACCACCACCGAUCGCAAGCGCAAGCAUGGCGUUCAGCGCAGAGUCGAUCGCACCAAGAGGAGAAAGGCAAGGCGAGCGUACAGCGAUGAUGAUGACGACGACGACGAUGACAUGGCCGACUUUAUCGUCGACGAUGAUGAGGAAGAGGAGACAGUGGCGGAGUACGACGAUUCGAUCGCCGACGAUGAAUGGUUUGGAAAGUUUUCCAAGAUCGAUCGCGCAUCCACACUUGCCGACGAAGGCAGUGUUGAGGGUCUCGAAACGUCUCAGACGACGGCGACAUCAACAGCGGCAGCGCCAUCGCCCGCCGCACCUGAUGCGAAUGCUCGACCGCAAGGGCCUUACCCGUACUCUCCACGCCAAGUCCCAGCCAAUCGGCACCCCGGCCGGCCGUCCCUCGACAGGCUGACCAACUGCAUGAUCCUCACCGGCCCCAGCGGCAGCGGCAAAACCGCCUCCGUCUACGCCUGCGCCACCCAACUCGGCUACGAAGUCUUCGAGCUCUACCCGGGCAUGGGCAAACGCAGCGGCAAAGAGCUUCUCGCCGCCGUCGGCGACCUCGGUCGCAACCACAUGGUCUCGUCCGGCGGCGUCGGUGGAGGUGCCACCUUCAAACGGUCGCAACCCACCCCACCCACCUCUGCUGCAUCCGCUUCCAUCACCACCACCGCCGUCAGCAGCACCGCUUCCACCAGUGUGACGUCAACUCCAGCAAUUCGACAGUCGCUCAUCCUGAUCGAAGAAGCCGACGUGCUGUUCGAAGAGGACAAAGGCUUCUGGUCCGCGGUGGUAGAGCUGGUGGCGGAGAGCAAACGUCCGAUCGUAAUUGUUUGCAACGAGCUCGAUCUGGUGCCUGUGCAGGAUCUGCCGGUGCAGGAUGUGCUGCGGUACCGCAAGCCGGAUGUGGUGGAGGAGGUGGUGCCGUGGUUGCAGACGGUGGCUGCGGAGAUGGGUCGGUUCGUGGUGGCUGAAGAGGUGGAAGCGAUGGUGAUGGAUCUACCUGGUACCGAGCCCGCACUGCGGGCGGGGGAGGAGCCGACGGCGGAUCUGCGACAGGCGCUGAACCAGAUGCAGUUCGGUCAACUUGCCUGUGUCUCCUCGCCACCGGAGGAGGCGCAGCACAGGGCAUUCAUCGAGACGCAGGCGGCGAAACAGGCGAGCAUGAAGGCGAUCGCCAGCGCGGCGGAGUCGAGCAGUCUAGCGGAUGUCUUGGAGAGCACACUGGGACGAGGCGAUGGCGAAGAGUACGCGGAUGCAGGGGUGGAGGGGCAGGCUUCGUCGAGGCAGUGGGGUGCCUGGGUUCAGCUGGUACCUCAGCCGUUGGGCUGGUGGCAGCAAAGACAGGCGUUAGCGGGUGGUGUACAGGUCGAGUACAGAUCGGCCCUGGCAGACGUGCAUGCGUCACUGGGUGCUCAGGGUAUGCCGUCGAUUUUCGCCCAAGAGCUGCACGACUUUGGCGGUGGUAGAAUGACAGGGUCUCUGCUGACGAAGUUGAUGCAUCACCAAGGGUCCAGUUUGAGGAGGAUGGUGGCGCCUCUUUCCGUAAUUCGAGGUUCGUCGGCGAUCCUACCGCCUUGGUUGGUGGUGGAGUAUGCACCGAUGGUUCGACUCAUGGCGUUGGUGGAUGCGGAUCUCGCGCAGAUACACACUUCCCUACAGCAACAGCAGACCGAGGCGGGAUCCGCGGGGUCCGAGGGAGUUGCACCACCUGCUACGCGCGGCAGAUCGACGCGAAACUCCUCCCGUGCACUCACGUCGUGGUUGGGGAUCGAGAACGACUACGGUUACGAAAGGUGGUUGGCCCCGCUUGGACCGGAAGAGGUGACCUUGGCUAGACAGACGAACUUGACCUUCUGA